AUGGACCCCUCCACGAACGGCUAUUCUUCUACCGACUCCCUUCAUCACUACAAUUAUUACAACUUCUACUCUUCGACCGAGUCGUUCUCCGAAGACGACUGCAGCACUGACGAUGCAUUACGAGCAGAGCUUUUCGGCCGCAUCUCCAGAGAUGUAGAUAUGGAGGAUUACGUGCAGUACGUGUAUGGCGUAUCGAAGGCCGAUAUCGAGUACAUACGCAGCAAAGAAUGGAAGGUCGAGGGCUUGCCUACCUAUACGAAGUUGCUUAAUGAAGGCGCGCAAAAAGAGGAUCUUUACGAACCAUUCCAAUCAAUUAUAGCCGAUCUCUUCGACACUUUCACCAACGACGGGCGCAAGCUUGAUGUACACCACACGUCCCUUGACGAGACAACACUGAAAGGCGUCUGGAACGUCGGAAACCCUGACCAGCUUUUCUUCUUCGGCUCACACGACGAGGAGGCACCCAUAGCCUGGUCACUCGCCAAAGCCUUUGUCGAGUUCGCCGUGACACCUCGCACACAGCGCACCGCAGCCAGUGACUCAACCAUAGGUAUAUUUAACGAAGAGGGAACAACUGCUACAGCUGCUCUAGCUGUGUCAUCGCCCGGCCUAGUGCCCACCCCGACACUCACGACGCGAUCUAGUACCAAACGCAAACAUUCUAGCACGGAUACCCUCGACGGACCGAUGCCAGCUUCAAAACGCCCGAAACUCGUAGUUUUCACUCGGAAAGAAAUGCAAGCGGCUGGAUACGCCUUGGAGCUCUUGGCUUCCGCCUGCAGACGAUGGGCCACUGGUGUGGUCAUCAUAGACACACAAGUGGCAUUGCAUUAUUACGAUCGUAUGGGUGCUAUCUACACUCAACCUUUCAAAUUCGACGAGGAGCCAUGGAAGCUAGCGUUGUUCGCUUUAGCCAUUGGACAGUGCGACCCUGCACAAGCAGGAUUCGAGCCACUCGUCGCACCCAACACCGAUACCCUGCUCUCUCAGCCGCUCUUCUCGGUGAAAAACGCCAUUCUUAGGCUGCCCAAAUAUAACAGCAGCAAGGAUAGUGCUUACGAGGGCGACGACGACAAAGUUAUUGGCAAUAAAGUGAAAGGCGAAGCCGCCGUUGAGAAGGUCUGGUCCCACUUCAAAAUCACUGGUGAUCCGCUAUACGUAUCUGGUAGUCUCACUGGACGAGGAUCGCAUGUCUUGCCUGGAGAUCUAGUCGAAGAAUCACCUGCCCAGGAUCACUCAGAAGGUGUGGCCAGCAAGGAGAAACAGGGUGCUGAAUCAGGACAAGAGGGCACCAUGGUUGCCAAGCUCAGUUGGCCAAUGGAAAAACGUCCGUAUUUCGAGGCGGAUACAGUCAAAGAUCUCGUCGACAAGAUUCCAUGGAUGACACGUCAUCUACCUCGUAUUCACUGCGCUAUAUCACUCAAGAGUGAAUCUAUGGGACUACCACGGCGUCUCUUCCACGACAUGACCAUAGCGUAUGGAUUGGAGCAGCGGUACUUCACCCUCCUAUUCUCGGAUCGCUAUAAACACCUUUGGGAAGUCAAAACAUUGAUUGGGUUCCAAAUGGCAUACAUUGACAUCGUUGAGUGCCACCGCACCGUGACGAAGUACGGAAAAGUGCUUCAUAGGGAUAUAAGCGAGAACAACCUAUUGUGGACUAAUGAUAAGCGCGUCGUUGGGGUCCUCAAUGACUGGGAUCUAGCCACACCCGUCGAUGCGGUUGGCAAUAGCACCAACCACCGAACCGGGACGGGCCCGUUCAUGGCCUACGACCUACUCGGGCCCGAACCGCCUGUCCAUCUGUAUCGGCACGAUCUCGAAUCGCUCUUCUAUGUGCUUAUAUGGGCGGUAGUGCAUUAUAACAUCGGCAGUGACAUCCCUUACUCCGGCGCUGUCAAUCCAGUGCUGAAAACAUGGACUGGGGAUUACGGAGAAGCUCGUAAUGCGAAGCAUGCUUUCUUGGGGGAUCCAGAGCCCGUACUCCGCAAUAUACAGCCUGUGUUCAAGUCGUUGCGAGCGUUGUGGAUUCAACCACUCUGCAACCUAUUCCGACAAGCACAAGUCAACCGGGACAAUCUUGCGAACUUGGCCCACCAAGCACAAGAAGAAGUCAUCGGAACGGACCUGUUCGCUAUGAGACUGUGGGACGAAGACCAGGAUGAUGACGAGGGCUCAGCCCCUUCUCCGACCGUUCCACAGGCUGUCGCUCCUUCUCCUGCUCCACGAAGCGACGACAUCGACUUCGAGACUCUGGGAGACUGUUUGACGUUUGAGAAAUUCAUGGCUGCCUUGGGUGGAAGCCGGCCCGUUGGGAUACCGAAGAAAUACCGCGCCUACGCGGAAUCCCUCCUUGCAGUGCCCAAGUGA